GAGAGGCGGCAGGAAAAGUUUGAACCGCUACGGCGCACGGGGACCCUACGCUUUUCUGCAGUGUGUCGUGAAUUUGAGCUCAAUUUUCAAGGAUGAAGACUGAACCGAAAGUUGUUUUUGCAGUUUAGAAGUAAAUUUAACUCUCCUUUACCUGGUUCGAAGCGUGUAUUUUACCACACGCAUGCACGGAUGGACUGGCGCGCACGAAUGAUACCUGCCCGGAUUUCACGGUUUGUUUCGGGUCGAAGGAGGAGAUGACCCCCGCAGUCUGAAAUGGGUUUGUGUCUCGGGACCGAAGUAACAGAGGAGGAGAAGAAGGCGAGGGUACAGAGCGCUAAAAUAGACCGGGACCUGUACGAGUAUGCCAAACGAGAGAUGAACGUGGUGAAGAUAUUGCUGCUAGGAGCAGCAGAGAGCGGCAAAAGCACUUUGGUUAAACAGAUGAAAAUCAUUCACAGUAAUGGCUUCACCAAACAGGAGCUCACCAGCUUUAAGCCUGCGGUCUUGGAUAACCUCCUGACAUCAAUGAAGUUUGUGCUCCAUGGGAUGGGAGUGCUACGAAUCAAUCUCGCCAACAGCAGGAACAAAGUACAUGCUCACUCCGUCCUCUCCUGCGGCCGGUGUUUCGAUGAGGACCAGGUCUUGUUCCCGUUCGUGGCUCACGCUCUGAGCUGUCUGUGGGCGGACCAGGGUGUUCGGGCGGCAGCUGCCAGGGGAUAUGAGUACGAACUCAACGACUCCGCCCUGUAUUUCUUUGACAACAUGAGCCGAAUAACCUCUCCAGAUUACGUGCCGACAGAGACAGACGUGCUGCGUGUACGACUCAGGACCACCGGAGUGAUAGAGACGCAGUUUAAGGUGGAGCACCUUAUUUUCAGGUUGUAUGACGUGGGGGGCCAGAGGAACGAGAGGAGGAAGUGGAUCAGUUGUUUUGAGGACGUCCGGGCUGUGCUUUUCGUGGUGUCUCUCAGUGGCUACGACAUGAGUCUGAUGGAGGAUCCCUCAAUGAACCGGCUGCAGGAGAGUUUGAAGUUGUUCUCUUCGAUUUGCAACAAUGUUUUCUUCCGCAGCACGUCAAUGAUUUUAUUCAUGAACAAAAUAGACCUGUUUCAAGACAAGAUUUUACACUCGGGUCGACACCUGCGCCUGUAUCUACCGCAAUUCAAAGGUGCAGAUUGUGACGUGGAUGCAGCCGCCCGGUUCAUCGCUGCCACUUUUGUCUCUCUCAAUAAAACUCCAAACAAACUCAUUUACCAUCACUUCACCACGGCAACAGACACCUCCAACAUACAGGUGGUGUUUCAGGUUGUCAUGGACACCAUCAUCAAGGAAAACCUGGAAGCAGUAUCCCUGUUAUAACUCUGGUGACAAAAGGACAGCCAAAAACUUUCUAAGUGCGACAUCCGCCAGUCCUGUACUGAUUAUGCUGCUUGAACUUUAAAGACAUGAGAAAAACAAUGAAAACCACAACUAAACUACACAUGGAUUCAUGAAAAUGACUAUAAAAUGUGUGAUUUUAGUAGUUGUUUCUUAUAUUAAUUAGCUUCUAAAAUUGACCAAGAAACAAGAACUGGCACACAAUGGCAUACUUUACAAUGUGGCUGAUGAAAACUGGACAGGGCAUUUAGCCAUAUAUUGUACAGCAUGGACUUGUAUGAGACUGCAUGACCAUAUUUAGAUUGAGCAAUGAUUUCUUUUUUAAAAUAGUGUCCUACAGUAACACUGGCUCUACAAAUGUGUAUUAAUAAUUUCAUUCUCUCCAAAGAAUUAUUGCAUCUCACUUUUGGAGUUGAACUGCAAGAAUAAUUUUAUACUUUUUUAAAAUCACAUUUUAAUGACCUGUAAACCUGUGACUCAAUGUGCACAUUAUUAUUCAGGGCAUAUGUUCGUCCUUGUCCUCCCCGCUAUGUGUGGGCAGCACUCAGAGGAAGUCCGGAUUUACGGUGUGUCCCACUUCUCCGUGUGGCGCCCGGUCAUGCAUACGACGCCGCAGCGUUUUCCUCUCAUCUGUCACUGUGUCACCCUGAGCUCCUGCGUCACCUCCUCCUAAUGAACCGAUCAUCGCCAUAAAAGCACCACGCUCAUGUUUACUCUCACUUCACCCGCAAACACCCUCCAAAUGUGGGAGGGACAGUUGCUGUGGUUGAAGAUGUGAAGGCUUCAUAAUGGGACUUUAGAAGAUCCAAGAUGCAAAUGAGGAACCAGCCUUUUUGGAGUUAAGACCCUCUGAUUUUGUUUACAAUAAACAUGCCACAUUUCUGAGUGAUAAAUAAACUAAUAUGAAAAUAUGAGAAGGGACAUAUUAGUGUAGUGUUAAUUCAAUAUUAUGUCACUUUUCAGACAAUUCUCAUAAAUAAACAAAGGACAAGAUUUGAGUGUUUGUUCGUUUUAAUAAAUAAAAUAAAUAAACAUAAACUGCUCUGCAGUAAACCUUUUGGACAUUUAAUUGACAGUGACAGAACAAGUACAUGUCAGACAAACAAAAUAAAGUCUUCUGAGAC